AUCAUCAUUAGGUAGAGGGUCAACACUCAUCACGGCGGCCGAAGAACCUUGGCUCCACGAAGGGGUCACCGUCGAACGCAACGCCGAAGAAGCUACAGCACGCGAAACAGCAGACGAACUCCUAGCAUUCGUGGAAGAUACCGAAAAGAAAUCAUCUCCAUGCACCGCCGGCGUGUGCGCGAACGCACGCUUGUCCAACACAUCCCACAUAUCAUCCAGACACGAAGGCAUGUCGCCCAAAAGGGGCUUCUAUGGAGAGCUGCUCAUCCUUGUACACCUGCCCAGACACUACCGGAAGCUGCUUCAACACGGGGUCUCGAACAGCUAUCUGCACUUGCGCAUCCGAAGGCUUGAACGCGUGGCGUACGUCGAGUACCCUGCCGGGCUGGGGCUGUCGACGCUGACGGUGCCACCGCAGGCCCGACCGGUACUGUCGCCGACCUCGCGGCUGAUGACGAUGAUCCUGGCGUGGUCCUGGCAGCGGUUUCGGCACGAACAUCGCGCCCCACAGGAGCUCCCGAAAAGCUCGAAGCGUGGUCUUGCAUCGGUGUCGGAUACGUUGGUGGGGAAGAAGAUGGGGCAAGUGGUGGCACGCUAGGAGCGUGGGGGGGGCACAGGAGGUUGUACAUUCGCGUCGGCAGCAGCAUCCACUACUUGAUUUGCUCGCAGGAGAGUGAGUACUUGUUCCAACAGCAUUUCAGUACGGGAAGCCGAAGUCGAGGCGUGUGAGGCAGCAUGGCGUGGUGACUCGACACGUUCGUCCAAAGGCAAGGAAGAUGUGGGAUGAUCCAUAACGGCAUGGGCAGGGGCAUGGCUUUUCACAGCGGCUGAAUGUUCACGAAGUUGCAUGUUGGCAAGUUUGAAAGCCAAAGAAGACCUGGUCGGUUGGCCUACAUCAGCGGGAGGGCGUAGAAAAAGCGGUCAAAAACAGAGAGAACCGUCUUCUGAAGCAUCCUCGUUUCCCCCAACAACCCAAAGCUACGAAAAUCACCCCGAUCAUACAUCACUUGCCUGUUACCGUGGUCUGACCUCCGUCCCCCUUUUCCGCCGCGACUGCUGUCAGUGCUGGUCGCCCUGCUGUUGCCCCCGCUCCGGUUCUGGCUCCGACUGCCGCUACGCCUAGACGGAGGCGUGCUUGUCCCACGACUGUCUCCGCUCCGGCUGCGCCCACGUCUAGACGAAGGAUUGGUGCGCUGUUGACGUUCUGCGCUCCGACUCCUGCUCCGGCGAUGGCGACUCGCCGGCGAAGACCUGGUAGGCUGGUUCCCCACGGCUCGCCCUCGCCUGUUACUUCCGACGCCGCGCCCUCGCGAAGACUGGGUGGGGCGGCGGUGGUCGUCCGUCCCGCUCUUGGCCGUCGAAUCUCGGUCACCCCAACGGUUCUUCCAGCUCUUGGACACAGGAGCCGCCGACCAACUGAAGUCCUUGUCCUCUCCAGAACCAUGUGCAGGGCGUGAAGAGGCCUGCCGGGGGGCUUGCAGAUCGUGCUUAAAGUCGUUGUUCGAGGCAGCACGAGCAAGUGGCAGCUGGAGUCCUCCAUCUUGUGUCACCACCGACGUUCCUUGAAGACCUCUAUGAAAGGUGGCACGACGGAGAGCGAAACAAAAGCUGGAACAUGGAUUGCCUCCAAGAAGGCGGAAGUUUCGCGAUGAACGCUGUAUCUCCAACGUGGAACUCGUACACCGUGGUUGCAGACGCAAACGAUGCUCCGUCUUCAGCACCGGCCGGAAGACCCAACGUCACCGAAAACUCCGGAGUCGCUGUCCUCUCCCGCUCCUUCUCGUUCGUCGGGGAAGCCGCCACCUCCCGCUCCUUCUCGUGCGG